CGCGGGUGAAGGCCAUGGACGUCAACCAGCCCAAGCAGGAGCAUUUGCUGGCCCUGAAAGUGAUGAGGCUAACCAAACCCACCUUAUUCACUAAUAUUCCGGUGACUUGUGAAGAAAGAGAUUUGCCAGGUAAUCUAUUUAACCAGCUCAUGAAAGAUGAUCCUUCUACUGUAAAGGGUGCAGAAACUUUGAUGUUAGGAGAAAUGCUGACUUUGCCUCAAAAUUUUGGAAAUAUAUUUCUGGGAGAGACAUUUUCCAGUUAUAUUAGUGUGCACAAUGAUAGCAAUCAAGUUGUCAAGGACAUAUUGGUGAAGGCUGAUCUUCAGACAAGCUCUCAGCGCUUGAACCUUUCAGCCUCCAGUGCUGCAGUGGCAGAACUGAAACCUGACUGUUGCAUUGAUGAUGUGAUCCAUCAUGAAGUAAAGGAGAUAGGAACCCACAUCUUAGUUUGUGCAGUAAGUUAUACUACACAGACUGGAGAGAAGAUGUACUUCAGAAAGUUCUUCAAAUUUCAGGUUCUUAAACCACUAGAUGUGAAAACCAAAUUCUACAAUGCGGAGAGUGACCUCAGUUCUGUGACAGAUGAAGUGUUUCUGGAAGCUCAGAUUCAGAACAUCACUACCUCUCCAAUGUUUAUGGAGAAGGUUUCUUUAGAGCCAUCUAUGAUGUACAAUGUUGCAGAACUGAACACAGUUGACACAGCAGGGGAAAGUGAGUCUACUUUUGGUGCAAGGACUUACUUACAGCCUAUGGAUACACGUCAGUACUUAUACUGUCUAAAACCAAAGCAAGAAUUUGCAGAGAAAGCUGGAGUAAUCAAAGGUGUAACAGUGAUUGGUAAACUAGACAUUGUAUGGAAAACUAACCUGGGUGAACGAGGAAGGCUGCAAACUAGCCAACUCCAAAGAAUGGCUCCUGGUUAUGGUGAUGUAAGGCUUUCAUUGGAGACAAUACCAGAUACUGUAAAUUUGGAAGAACCUUUUGACAUUACAUGUAAAAUAACCAACUGCAGCAGUGAAAGGACUAUGGAUCUGGUUUUAGAAAUGUGCAAUACUAAUUCCAUCCACUGGUGUGGAGUUUCGGGAAGGCAACUUGGAAAGCUGCACCCAAGCUCAUCCCUCCAUCUUGCACUUACAUUGUUGUCUUCAGUGCAGGGAUUGCAGAGUGUCUCUGGCCUAAGACUUACAGAUACAUUUUUGAAGAGAACAUACGAGUAUGAUGAUAUUGCACAAGUCUGUGUAGUUUCUUCAGAAGUCAAGCAAAGUUGAAAAAAAAAUUCUGUAGUUUUGCUGGGCUUGUUUUAUUUUUGACCAACUUCUUUAUGUUUUUGCAGUCCAAUUGUAUUAAAAUGAGUACAAAAAUUCCCCAAAUCCCUAUAUAGAUGUAAAUGUAAUAAUGAUUAUUUAAUUUCUCUGAGCAUUUCUUGAAUGUUUUAAAAUCUUUUAAAACAUGCAUAUGCAUUUUAUCUACUAAAAAUAAAACCUUUGAAAAAAUUGUAGUUCUAGCAAAUUAUAUUGCAUUUACAUAAUCUCAGGAUAGGGGGAUGAGAUUGAUAWGAAAUAGUGACAUUUUGUACUUACUUUUCUUAUUUUGGUUUUUUUAAAGUAUUUAAACCCUUUUAAAAUCAUGAUUCUGACAAAACUGCUUCAGUUCAAAGGAGCUGAUGUUUUACAGACAAGUUCCUGGAAUCCAAAUCCCUAAAAGAAAUAAUUUUGGGUACCUAGCAUGGCAGGUAUUUGCAUGGUACAUGCAUAGCCAUAGGAAAUAGAACUUGAUAAAGUUAUGACAUGAAAGACCGCAGCUGGCACUGUUGAGGCACCAGGAGCUAGGCAGUGGAGUAUAAGCCAAAGACUGUGUUGGUUGUGGUCCAGUCUUUGAAGAGGAAGCAAUACUGCAAAUCUGUCCCAAUCAUCUGCAGUCAUGACCAGAAUUGCGCAUCCCAUCAGUACAGGACAUGCUGAAAGGCAUAUGUUUUUCCAACUAGUACGGAAUUGAAAACUAAAAUAGCAAAACUCAGAUAGUUUUUUACUAUUAAAAUAAGGUGGUGCCAAUUAUUCUUCCUAUCCCAUAUUUAUAUAUAUUUUUAAGAAGGAAAAAACCCCCUGCAUGUCUGCCUUAGAUCACAUUCUAUAAAGCAUAUACAGAAAGAAGUUUAGGUCCUGGUCAAGCACUAAAAUGUGCUUUUCCCUAGUUUUGUUUUGACAAAAACUGGAAUUAUUUUUAGCUGAAAUAUCUAUGGUCACCCCAAGAUAGCUAUUUAUUAGAUAAAAUGGCAACUGUCUUUCCUAAUUUAACACUAGRUAAACUAGUGUUAAAUAUUCUAGUCAGCAGUUUGUGUUUCUCACCUACAUGUUGGAACUUAGCAACAUUAGUUAGUUUUGAUGGUAUUCUACUUUAGGCUUUUCCAUGUAUAAAAUCUUAAAGUGUAGAAUUCAAGUUAAGAUUUUGUUUAAAUUUAGGACCAGCUCCAUGUAUUAAAGGGACUAAAUCUAUACGGGAAACAGUAAAUUGGAAAUGUGUCCUGCCUAUGUGAUAAAAUCCAACCAACGUGAACAGGUAUUUUAAAGAAUGCAAUUUACAUGUUACUUCAGAUAUAUAAAUCAGAAAACCACAACUAUACAGACAAAAAAGUAUAUAACU